AUGGCCUUAUCCUACCAACAGACCAAGCUCAUCCGGGGCACCAUCCCCGCCCUCACCGACCACGGCGAGCGUAUCACCACAAUCUUCUACCGCAACAUGCUCCGUGACCAUCCCGAGCUCAAUGACUACUUCAACACCGUCAACCAGGCCAACGGUCGCCAACCCCGUGCCCUCACCGCCGUCAUCCUCAGCUACGCAAACAACAUCAACCACAUCACAGAGCUCAUCCCCAAGAUGGAGCGCAUGUGCCACAAGCACUGCUCCCUCGGCAUCAAGCCGGAGCACUACGCCAUCGUCGAAAAGUACCUCCUCAAUGCCUUCGCUGAGGUCCUCGGUCCCGCCAUGACGCCCCAGGUUAGAGAGGCCUGGGCAAAGGCUUACUGGAUGCUCGCCAAGAUGCUCAUCGGUCGUGAGGCUCAGCUAUAUCGUGACUUUGGCAAGUGGCAGGGCUACCGCAAGUUCCGCAUUGAGAAGAAGGUUGAAGAGGCUGAGGAUAUCUUCUCCUUCUACCUUGUUCCCGUCGAUGGAAAGCGUCUUCCUCCCUUCCAGCCUGGCCAGUACGUCUCUGUCAUGGUGCCCAUUGCCGAUAAGGGCUAUAUCCAGUCUCGACAGUACUCUUUGAGUGACGCUCCCCGUCCCGACUACUACCGCGUCACCAUCAAGCGAGACGAGGGUCUUCACAUGACACGCAGCGGCCGAUAUCUCGGAGGCGAUGCCCUCAACCCAGGUGUUGUGUCCAACCUCCUCAUCGACAUGAAAGACGAGGGCGACGUAGUUGAGCUCACUCACCCUGCCGGCGAGUUCUACCUCGACAUGUCCAACACCUCCAACGUCCCCAUCGUCCUCAUCUCAGCCGGUGUCGGCGUCACUCCCAUGAUGGCCAUCCUCAACACCGUCUCCGAACGCCAACCUCACCGUCCCGUCUCAUGGAUCCACGGCUCCCGACGCUCCGUCCCCUUCUACGACCAAGUCCGCCGCAUCGCCCGCAACCGGCCCAGCUUCCGCACAAACAUCUUCAAGACCCAUCUUGCCGAGUCCGACGUCUACGGGGUCACGUACAACCACGACUUCCGCAUGGAUCUAGCCAAGGUUGACAAGGAAGAUCUCUAUCUGUGCCACAGCUCCACCGAGUACUACAUCUGCGGCCCUGAGCAGUUCAUGCUCGAGAUGGCUGAGUACCUCAAGGUGCAAAAAGUGGAUGCCAGCCGCAUGCACUUCGAACUCUUCAGCACUGGUGACAUGGAGUUCAAGGUUGAUACCCUAAGCAUCGCCUCUGCCUCCAAGAAAAGCUGCCCUUCUGUGGCCAGUACCGAGCAAAGAUGUCCUAGCUCUGGAGCUACCUCUGUAGAUGGUGCUACUUGCCCAUUCUCAGCGGUGUGA